UACAACUUUUUAUCUGAAAUAAUUCAAUUUAAAGACUACAUCCCUAAUGUAUCCCAAAAUGUACUUCUAACGCCAAUGCCGAGUUGCCUCUUCAUACAUCAUAUACAUAUAUGUACACAUGUACACAGUAGCCAAAAAAGGCCGAAGAUAAAAAUCAAAGUUUUAAGCGAAAACUCCUGAAUUAUUCUAACUAAAAGUCGAAUUGUUUUUUUUUUAAGUAGAAUUCAUCUUAAGCAAUGACGAAUGUUUUGAAAAAUAUUUUAGCUAUAGAUAAGGAGCAAGAAUUACUGCAGAGUUUUAUACGAAUUGGAGUGACUGCAGAUGAAGAAUCUUUAGAGGAAUCUCCUCGCAAAACUAGUAGAGCUCGAGCUUCUCAAUCGAGUAAAAAGAGCAACGGUGGUUCAUCUAAGGCUUUUACAGAUGCUCGAAAUUUGGUUAGCGGUCGCAAGACGGUUAAAUUCGCCGAUGAAGCGGAGAAGAGUGGUAUAGUCGGAGCUUCCGGUCGAGGGAAUCGUAUAGAGGCGGAAUUGCGUGCAGCGCGGAGAAAGGUCGAGGAUCAAUUCUUAAAAAAGAAACCCAAAGAAAAUUUUGUCGAUUUUUAUACUGAUAAAGACAGAGCAGCAGCUGUAAGCGCCGGCACCUACGAUAUCAAACAAAGUCUGCAGAUAAAGCAAAAGCAAGACCGCAAUGAAAUCAUGCAAAUCCCAGAUGAGGCAGACAUUAAUUCCAUAAUAGCAUUGGGAUUGAAGGAAAUUAAAAACGCAAAUCCAGAAAAUGCAGUUCAUUUCUUUUCACAGGCACUUGAACUCAAUAGCACUGACAUAAAUGCGCUGGUUUCCCGUAGUAAAUGUUACCUCCUGCUCGGGGAGCCUUCCAAAGCCUUACAAGAUGCGGAAACUGCACUCGCCGAGGAUAAAAACAAUAUUCGCGCAAUAUAUCAGAAAGCAGAAGCAUUAUACUUCCUCGGCCAAUUCGAACAGAGCCUAAUGUUCUUCCAUCAAGGCUUGCGCACUCGCCCUGAAUUGGCAUCAUUCCGCUUGGGAGUUCAAAAAACUCAAGAAGCUAUUGAAAACACCAUAGGUAAAAGCUCAGCACGGAACAUAUCUGCGCCGGUUAAGAAAAAUAGUGAUUUUUUAGUCAAAAAAGAAUCGCUAAAACAUUGCCAGCAACCUGUUCGCUCGAAAUUAUCAGAUACGGAAAUGGAACGACGAAAUGCGCGCAAGUUGCUAGGUGAAUUGUGCGUUGACAAAGAGUACUUAGAAAAUCUGCUAAAGCACCCGGAUUUAGUGCGCGCCGAUACGAAUACGGAGAGCAUAUCCACUUACGCGAAGGAUGCUGUAGACUUUCUAAAAAAACGACAAGAAUUUUGGCGCCAACAGCGUCCCUGUACUGCACUACCUAGUUACAAAAACGGCGCACAAGAUCCUUUACCAGCCUGGUUUUAAAUGCGUUUACCUAUUAAGGUGAAAGAGCUCAACUGUUUCGACUGCUGAGUGGAAGAUCGACCUAUCUCGGCAGCCAGUUCAAAAACGCCCUAUCUCAA